CGUCAUAAGGCAGCGUCGCUCUCCUGCUUGUGUUGUUAUUCCACUGAUGAGAGAUUGUCCAAACACACAGAAAAACUCCUGAGAUCCACACUGUUAUAAAGAUGGCGUUUAUUAAAGAGGAGAGUGAAGACGUGAAGAUUGAAGAAACAUUGAGAGUCAAACAAGAAGGUACUGAGGAACAAACAGACCUCAUGCCGCUGAAAGAGGAGCGCAUAGUACUGAAUGAAACUGAAGAGAAUGAACAAUAUGAGACGACUCAUGAUUUUAAAACUGGAGAAGAAUCUUUCUGUUGGCCACAGAUUAAAGAGACUUUCUCACAGAAGACUGCUCAUAAAACAGAAACUGAAAGUUAUUUUACAAAAGUCUGUUUCAAGGAACAUGAAAACCUGAAAGUCCACAAUGGAGGGAAGACAUUCCCCUGCCAACAGUGUGGAAAAAGAUUUACUCAACAAGGAAACCUUAACAGGCACGUGAGAGUUCACACUGGAGAGAAGCCUCACAUCUGCCCUGAGUGUGGAAAGAGUUUUGAUCGUAAUGGAAACCUUAAAGAGCACAUGAGAGUUCACACUGGAGGAAAGCCUUUCCCCUGCAAACAGUGUGGAAAAAGUUUUACUCAAAAAGGAAACCUUAACAGGCACAUUAGAGUUCACACUGGAGACAAGCCUUACACCUGCAAACAGUGUGGAAAGUGUUUCGAUCAUAAUGGAAACCUUAAAGUGCACAUGAGAAUUCACACUGGAGAGAAACCAUACACCUGCAAACAGUGCGGAGUCAGUUUCACUCAUGAUGGAAACCUGUACAGGCACAUGAGAAUACACACUGGAGGGAAGCCUUUCACCUGUCAACAGUGUGGAGUCAGUUUCACACUUCAAGGAAACCUUAAAUCCCACAUGAAAAUUCACACUGGAAAGAAGCCUUUCUCCUGCCAACAGUGUGGAAAAAGUUUCAGUAGAAAAGGAAACCUAAAUGACCACACAAAAAUUCAUACAGGAGAGAGUCCUUUUACCUGCCAACUGUGUGAUAAACGUUUCAGCCGGAAAGGAAGCCUUAACAAACACAUGACCGUUCACACAAUAAAAAAACUUUAUACAUGCGCUCAGUGUGGAGAGAGUUUCGAUCUAAAUGGAACCCUUAAAGCCCACAUGAGCGUUCACACUGGAGAGAGUUCCUUCACCUGCCAACAGUGUGGAAAAUGUUUUAGUAAAAAAUCAAACUGUAACAAGCACAUGAAAAAAUUACACGGCAUAUUUUCAACACAUUCUUGAUCGACACAUUCAAUUGGAUUCAAUUGAGAGAACUGUUUUAUGUCAUCAGUGUGGAAGGAGUUUCUCAGACAGGAAUCAUGUAAUAAUGGUAUGUGUAGGAAGCUCAGAAGUGAAGACCAGGGGCCCGUUCAGGGCUCAAGACAAAUUCUUCCCACUUGUCGCUCUUUUCCGACUAUUAAAAUUACAGAAUGUUUAGCAAACACUGAGGAAUAGGAUAACCUUACAAAAAUUAAAGCAUUCAUAACGUAAUGUGAGGUAAGCCGAAAAGAUAAGCAGUAUUUUACUUUACCUUAGCUUUAAAACCAUCCAUCGUUUCGCAGCAGAACAAAUUGUCACAAAAUGCCACCAUUUGGUUGUAGUCUGGAGUCUUGGCGUUCUUCGUACGGCGCUCAUUACAUCAGAGAUCAAAUGACACAUCCAAGAUGAUAUCAUUGCACUAAUCAUGAUCUAGCUAAUUUGGUUCUUCGAACACAUACCUGUUGUUGAUGAUUAGUAUGGCUGGAUUGAGUUAUCUGACAUAACUCCACAUUCAUGGGUUGGUUUAAAACGGGCUAUAUAUAUCGAUAAUUGAUAAAUCAUAUAUUGAUAAUCAGUAAUGCAGUGCAGAACCAAACAAUCCAAGAUCAUGAUGCAAAGCCGUCAACAGUAAAAUCCAGCUAACUAAAUUAGCGUUACACAAAGAACGAAGACUCUGGUGUAUAUUCAGUAGGAUUCUAUGUUGAGAAUGUGCUGUGUGACACCAUUAGAGUUGAGGUACUCAAUUUUGGACUUGGAGUCGAACUUAUUUCAGGCAAUAUAGAAAUCCUAGCCAAGACAUAUCCGAGAAAAAGUUUACACGCCUUUUCAAUAGGAAUAUGAAGGUCAGAAUGGUUUUUUUGCAGACGCCAUAAAUGCUGAUUUUUUGAUUUAGAUCUAUGACUUCACCCCCAACAUUUCCUUUUGUCCUGUAUUUUGCCCUCAUAUUAGCUGUAGGUCAUCACCUGUGUAAUUUCCAGUCAAAACACAUUUAACACUGCAGGACUGAGAGUCGCCAUCUGGGGCCUGUUCUUCGUACGUCGCUUAUUACAUCCGAGAUCAAAUGACACAUCCAGGAUGAUAUCAUCGUGCUAAUCCUGAUCCGGCUAAUUGGGUUCUUCGAACACACCUGUUGUGUAUGAUUAGUAUCGCUGGAUUGAGUUAUCUGAGAUAAUUGCGCGUUCAUGUGUUGGCUUAAAAGGGGAUAUCUAUCGAUACUCGAAACCAUGAUCAGCAGUGCAACGAUUGGCUGGUGGCAAGACCGCAAUGUUAUGACGUCAUAUAAUUUAAAACGACACCUGACAAAAGGUCUUUACAUUUUUAUUUUCAAUGUAGAAAUUAUCUAUUAAUUUCAUUUAAUAUCUAUUAAUAUCGUGUUAUCUGCAUCUCCUGCGCUCAUCAAGCCACUCUUAUAAUAGCAGUCAUCACUCAAAAUAAUGCACGACUCUAUUAUCUGUAUAGCAUGUGUGUAAGACUCUAAUACAAUUAUGAAGUAUUAAUUUUAUGACAAAUAAAUAUUUCAGUGAGUAAAACUGGCUGUUUAUAGUAGGCUGUUAUGGACUACACAGCAUUUUUAUGUUAUUUUUAAAUAUUUUUUUUAAUGAUUAUUUUUUUUAAUUAUUGUCCCUGGAUCAGUAUGAUACUCUUGUAAUAAAGUAGCGGUGGUAGCAGACAUAUUUUGAGUAUCAGUUCUGGUUGAAAACAAGCGAUCUAAUCCUGUUUACAUGAAAUAAGCUGCUCCCGAGCAGGUUUAAGCUUAUGGACCUGUUGCUAUGACAGCAGCUCCGGGAUGAGCUUCAAAGAACCAAACGAUCCAAGAUCACGCCAAAUCGUCAACAUUCAAACCCAGCUAACUGAGUUAGCGACGUACGAAGAACAGGCCCCAGGUCCAGAUAUUGGAUAUCAUGAUUUUACGCAUCACCUAAAAAUAGUCCCCAGCUAGUUUGUGUACAUGGAGAGUUGAAGCUGGCAAAUUUUAAGCCACUGUGUAUUAUCAUUACACCUGCUGGAACCAUGGAAUGGCAGCAAAGUUCCUUGAUUAUUACGCCAGAAUGAGAGAAUAGUUCCUAGACAUAUCGGCCUAGAAAAUCGCAACUUUUCAUUUUUCGUCUGCCGUAGUACACUGUGUAACUAUAGAAGAGUCAAGUUUUAAAUAGAAAAAAUAUUGAAAGUCUUCUCUCAUUUUGAGCGAGAUCCUAGUGGUCUAAUUGGAUUCAAUGAUCUAUGCUAAGCUAAGCCGAAAGUGCCACAGACCCAGAGAUCGGCUGAAUGGAUUCGAAAAUGAUAAAAAAUAAACUAGGGGAGUUCGAAAAUAAGCCUCUUUUCAAAAAUAGUGGAGUGUUCCUUUAAAGAAAACUUAAUUGCAACCCUAACUUGAUUAGGGUUGUAGCUAAACUCUGCAGGACAGCAGCAAUCCAGGACCUAUGUUGCCUAUCCCUGGAGUAUAAACCAUAAUAAACUUGCUCAAAUGCAACCAAUAAAUUUUUAAAUCCAACUCCAGGCUAAUUGCCCCACCUGACACCAAUUUUAGUGGUUAUGAUUAUUUGAGAAUAAAACUUGCAGUUCCCUUUCGAGGGAACUUCGAACUGUGUCCUCUAGGGGAAACACCUCGUCGUGACCAGUGUCUGAAGCAUACAUUGAAAAAACACCAACUUGUUGGCCAGCGACAGCCUCCGACGUCACUACGUCACGCGACUAUAAGCAAGCACCGGGAGAGCACAUCAUUAUCUUCUUCGUCUUCACUGACUGUUUGGUUUGAAGUGUACAUCUGAAAGAACUGUUAAGGGUGAGCUUUCUCUGUUUAUCAUGUUGACAACUAACGUUUAGACAAUGUGUGCAUCCGUGUCUGCGUUAUUUGACACCUGAUGACACACGCAAUCUUUGCGUCAUUUGUUUGGGUGAAGAGCACACACGCGAUGUCUUUGAGGAAAAAUUGCCUCAUAACGUGUAUAUGCGUUAAUCGACUUCAGAGGGUUAACUUCUGUUUUUAUCCUCCCCUUCCAAAUUCCCUUGUAACCACCAGCUCUCCACCUGAUCGAGGUAAGGUGGAAACCUCUCGCAUAACACUCUCCUAAGCUGGACCUAUAAUGUUUUCAUGGUUCUUUGUUCAUAGCAAACACCCUAAUGAUGGUCCAGACUAAAAGGAGGCGCCCCUUGAGCGGGACUCCAGCUCAGGAGGGUGGGUGAGUAAAUGUAACCCUCUCUGUAUAUACUUAUGUGUAUUAAAUUGCUGGUGGUUACGUGUCUACUAAUAAACUCUGUGAGUUUCCUUUGCAGUGCUCAGUUACAGUGUUUGCUAAACACUUUCCAGCACCAGCCAUCCGGCUUCAUGUUCUGGUAUUAGGCAGCUGAUAUCACAGGUUUCUGAGGGAGCCUCCUUGAUCAUCAGGCCUGGCACAGCAUUGCAGGGAAUUUCAUGGAUGUCCGGCCAGGUCACCCUGAGGGGUCUCCUGGUUGCUUAGUGGUGCUGUCGCAUCUAGCGGGAAGUGGAGGUGGCAGUUACAAAAGUCUUCUUGUAGAUGCUGCCUCAGGUGAUGCUCCCCUCACCGAGGUUUGUAAAAUUGAGCUUGCCUCUCCCGUGCGAUUCAGCACCUCUGCGAUGCUUAGGAACCUUUAAGUACACACGCAAAGCUUUGUACGCAAGACUCUUGCGAACUUUCUGAAAUCUUGUACAAUAAGGGUUACGCGCUCUGCUUCGUUCCCUUUCUUGAGAUGAUUAGACCUUGGUUCCUUGGGCUCCAUUCAGCCAGUGUGUAUUUGUUUAUACACUUCAAGCAUCGCUUCCCUCAACAUGAGGGGCUAUUUGGGUGAUUCUCUUUGUAAUUUAGCAGCGCUCCCCUUUUUCCAAAAAAGGGUCGCCUAUGAGCGCGCUACUCUGAGCUCGGAGUUCUCCUCUCAUAUGAGACGAAGUUCUCCGUUUUUUUCCCCAGAGCGCUCCAGUAUUGUUUCCGUAGACCGAGUUGAUGACUCUCAUUCAUACUGUUUGAGAUGUGUCAUUCCAUCUAUGAGCUGCUCUAUGACUGCCACGAGAGCCCCUCCUUAGAACAGUAUUUGAAAAUCCAUGCUAUGGUAAGUGUGUGCGUAAAGUCUUUUGCACACUUUCUGAAAUCCACACUGUGUUCAUACCCUGAAGAAGGCUGUUUGUGCCGCUACGCGUGGGUUGUUUUUUCCCCUAUGUCUUUUAAAUUUUCUAUCAUGAAAUAGCCAGUCCAAUAAAGGUUUUUUUUAAUUUUCUAAAGAAGAGUGCCUUGGAUUUCCUUCUACUACAUUCCACACUGUGUUUGCACGCUAGUAUUCUGCGUUCUUUCUAAAAUCCUAUAUGGUGAGGGCUUCGCGCGGUUGCUUCGUGCCCUUUCUUGAGUUGGUAAAAGCCCCGUUCAUCUUGGGCGCCACACCUAUGUAUCCUCGGAUACCUCUCCAAAAAGUUGUUGCUACUACAGAACUGUCGAGACAGCUCUUUCAGCAAGCUUAUCCGUAAGCUAACGUUAGCCCCUGUGUGACAGUAUCCCUUUAACCCUUUUGAGUCGAUUAACGCAUAUAUGCGUUUUGAGUCAUUUUCACCUGAUAACCCCGAAAAGAACUUAAAUUACACUCUCAGUUUUAAUCGUACAGAUAAGAGCAAUACAUCAAUCGAAUCUGUAAAGGGUCUAGUUUUUUUUUGGAUACAGACAUAAUAACAAAAAACCUUUGUGCACUUAUAAAAUAAAGAUAACAAACAAGGUGCGCUGUCUACAGUCUUUGUCUCCGCUGAUCGUCAUGUACAAACAUUUCAUUAAAAUGAACUGUAACUCCGUGAAUACUCAACGAAGAGACAUGAGAGAGAUAUCUAUAGAAAGCUUGACAUGUCUACUUUUAAACUAAACAAGUGCUGCCGAAAACAAAUAUUCUGAGAUAAAGUAAUCCACAUGAAAACAACGCGAUGUAUGUUUUUCAUAUCUCCGCUCAUUAUAUCUAAUGUGACCACGCCCCCGCGCUUAACGCGCUAUUCAGAUUCAAACUGAAGCGCGCGCUUGAAUACGCCCAUAACAGAAGAAAAAGCAGCCAGACUAUUCUUCAAGUUUUUAUUUUAUUUUACUGUUUGCUUCGCGAUGAGAGGACUAAGACAUAAUUCACCCCAAAAAGAUGUGAUGUGGUUGAGGAUUUGAGAAAUGGAUUUCCUCAGAAAAAAGAAUUAAGCACUUUAUUCAGCAGAGAUCAUAAACAUGAGUAAGUCUCUUUUUAUUUAUUUGUACUAGUUUUCACAUAACGUGUAAACAUUUUACUAGUUAGACUUUUUCCAAAUACUUUUUCCAAACUAUAAUUCCUGACUAAACCUGAAAAAUAUUAUCAGCUCUUUUCAACAUUAAUAAUAAUAAUAAUAAUAAUAAUAAUAAUGAUGAUGAUGAUAAUAAAUGGGGUUUAUUUGGUAGAAAAUAAGAUUGUUAAAAGGAUUUCUGAAGGAUUGUGUGACUAGAGAAAGGAUGCCAAAAAAUUUGAAAGUCAGCUUUGAUUGUCCAUAAUAAACUGUUUAACUGCUCCCCCAAGUGGAUAUUAAAUUAUGUUGUGGGAUAAUUAAAUAUAUUCUUAAUAAACUACAAACAUAAAAUUAUAUACUUUUAUUUUGUUCUCACAUUCUUUCUUGUAAGUCCUCCCUCAGAGUGGCACAGUUGAAUGAGAGGCUCAUUAUGCAGGCCUUUGUCUUCUCAGGUGUAAAUCACAAUGAUAUUCAUGAUAGUUGACGCCUACUCACAUAUGACUUUUACCAACAAAAAGUGUUUUAGAAAAUUUAAAUCAAUAUAUUGUUUUCUGUGAGUGAGUAAACAAGAUGAUUUUCACAUCAUUCAGAAAAAAAAAUUCUAGGCUACAAGCUCCAGUUCUCAACUUUUCCGGCAACCAAUGUUAUGUAUGUGUUUUAUUGCCUUAUUCAAGUGAUUUAACAUUUUUAGUUUUUCACUAACCAUGCAUAACAUUUUUUUUCUCAAAAAUACAAUCAUGUACAUGCAUGCAUUUCACAUAUUAUUAUAGCCCAGUUUGUGCUGAUUACAGUGAUAUUAGACUUUACCCAUUUAGAUAUUUAUAAGAAACUGAAAAAAGCACAAAUGUCAGGGCAUGACAAAACUUCUCAAGGCCCCAAAAAUACCCUUAGACUCCAGAGGGUUAAAGGAAUCGUUCCUGAUUCCAAGCCUUCAGCUCUACCCUGGGCCGAGGCCCUAAAAAUUAAGUUGGGUAUGUCGCUUAGGCCUUUUGGCCGUAAGGGGUCCGUCACAGACAGUCGUCUAAACAUUCCCGGGGGCAACUAUCAUGGAAAUGGUAGAGUUGGUACUUAGUACUCGCCCUGAUUCUGGCCUGCACUCCCCUCAGCAUGGCGGUGUGGGUAUACUGUUCCCCAUAGAGGACGCAGUUCGAAGUUCCCUCGAAAGGGAAAUGUCUCAGGUUAUGAAUGUAACCAUAGUUCCCUGAGUAGGGAACGAGACACUACAUUCUCUAGCUCCCUGCAAUGCUUAGGACGCAAGCUUCAGACGAAGAAGAUAAUGACAUGCUGUCCCGGUGCUUGCUUAUAGUCACGCCAGUAGUGACGUCGGAGGCUGUCGCUGGCCAACCAGAGGGGGGUUUUCAAUGUAUGCUUCAGACACGGGUCACGUGAGGUGUUCCCCUAAAGGACGUAUUGUCUUGUUCCCUCCUCAGGGAACUAUGGUUACAUUCGUAACCUGAGACAGUUUCUAUAAGAUCACUUUUGCAAUUCCUCCUUGGCUUUUCCCUGUGCCUGUAGUUGACAUACAACUAUACAAAGAAAAAAUAACAAGGAAAGAAAUAUGUAAAAAAAUAUAGCAGUAAAGCAAUACAUUGAACAAACUUGCCAUAGCAUAUUGGGGGUGUGGUCAACACGGACAAAUAAAGGCUGGUCUUAAAUAAAAGCCGGGGAAAAUGUGUGCAGCUGAGCCCAGAUAAUGAACGUACACGCUACACUGCCGGAGCGUUUCUCAUUCUUGAGUCAAGAACCAGUUGCAUCGGUUUUCGGGUCACCAGUACACUGAACUGAGAACUGUUUAUGUCGGACGCAUUCGAUUCGAGAACCGAGGAGCUGAUGAUACUGCGCAUGUGUGAUUCAGUGUGAAGGAGACUGACACACAGAGCGUCUGAACUGAACUGAUUCUUUUGGUGAUCGAUUCUGAACUGAUUCUGUGCUAAUGUUAUGAUCUCUGUCCACUGGAACGCUAUAGCUUUUAUUUUAAAACAGGUUAUUUAAAACAAUUACUUAUCAAACAGAUGGAAUUAGAAAUAAAGGCCUGCCUCUAAUAAAAGCCUGCUUCAAAUAAAACCCUGUUACCUUCUGCAGUUCAGGCAAAUAAAGGCACCAGCUUUUAUUUGAGGAAUUACGGUAUAUUUAGAAUAAGAUAGUCUGGCCUUAUAGUAAAUUUCCUGUGGGUACCAUCACAAAUGUGUGUAGAAGGAAAUGAUGAAGCAGACCAUCUGGCUAAACAGGCUCUGAAACAUGCACACAUUUACAUUAAAGUGGCAAUGAUGAAAUCAGAAAAAGGGUUAAUUGCAAAUGAAAUUAGAAAGAAAUGACAGAAGAAAUGGCAUAGUGGAACAAAAGGUAGACACUUUCAUCAUAUUCAAGAGAAAGUAGGUCAAGAAAGAAGAAAGUUUGGCAAUAGGAAAGAACACAUUUUAAUGUCAAGAAUGCGUAUAGUUUAUUAAAUUAGUGUUUGCAUAUAAUCGGGAAGCAUGAAACUGGAAAGAGUGACAAAUGUGGUCAUGCAGAGUCAGUAGAACAUGUACUUCUAAAGUGUGAUGCAUAUGAAGGAGCAAGAUUUCAACUAAUACAACCUUUAGGAUGGUUUGGAAUAAAUAAUUUGUCACUUCAGGUUCUGUUAGGAAAUGGACCAAAACGAUCAAGAAUAUUUCAUGAAGUGAUUAUUUUCUUAAAAGAAUAGGUAUGUAGUUAGGUAGUAAGCGUUAUUUUUUAUUUAUUAUUAUUUUUAUUUUUUAUAUAGUAAUCAAACUUUCAAUCAUUAUGCGCUCCACACUCCAUACCCAGUAGGUGGCGGGAAUUCAGCAUUUAAGUUGGUUUGCCUACUGCCAUUAACACCGGAAGAAGAAGAUCACUUUUGCAAAUAAUUCACCACUGUCUAAAGGUCCCUUAGGUGAAGUUGUUGAAAGUCGACUUAUCUAAUCCUAUUAUUGUAAAAAAAAAAUAUAUAUAUUAUAUAUAUAUUGUAUUGUUUUCAAACCUGUUGCCUUGUUUCGUUCAUUAGUUUGAUGUUGUAAGACUGUUGUUCUCAAACUUUUUUGGUUUUUUGAGUUCGGAAGACAGUGUUCACAUCAUUUAAAUAAACCAAACUCUGACGUCAGUUGAACCCAGGUGUGCACCAAAAGUGUGAAAGCAUCCUAAGUUAUGUCCAUUGGCUGUUUACUGUUUUAUAUCUUUGCUUUUUCAGCUGAUUGUGACAAUGAAAUAAAAUGUCAGUAGAAUAAAUAUUUUGUAUAACA